AUGGAGUGUCUUGGGAUCCUCGGGCUGGUGGCCCUCUCAGAGUGCCUAGUCAUAAUCCCCUUAAUGAAGAUUAAGACCUUGCAAGAAACCCUCAGGGAGAAAAAUCUGCUGGCAAAUUUCCUGCAGAACACUGAUGACAGGUCCCAGAAUGCCACUGAUGACCCAAAAAUUUCUCUUCAUCCCCUGAGGAAUCACCUGAAUCUGAUCUACUUCAGAAGCAUCACCAUUGGAACACCCCCUCAGGAAUUCAGGGUCGUCUUUGACACCGGCUCACCUGACUUGUGGGUGUCCUCCAUCGUCUGCUCCAGUCCGCCCUGCUGUGCAAACAAGCUCUUCAACACUCACUUGUCCAGAACCUUCCAGCGUACAAGCCUGCUCUUCACCCUCAAAUACCACACUGGGAGGAUUGUUGGAUCUCUUGGCUAUGACACCAUUCAGAUCGGGAAUCCUCUCAUCCUGGGCCAGGCAUUUGGCCUGAUUGAGAAACAAAUACAGUUGGAUCAUGCACCCUUUGAUGGUGUUCUGGGCCUGGGCUACCCCAGCCUCACCCGCAAAAUGACCACCCCCGUCUUUGACAAUUUGAAGACACGAGGCAUCAUUUCUCGGCCUGUCUUUGCCUUCUACUUGAGCAACCAGAUGGAGAAAGGCAGCGUGGUGAUGUUUGGCGGGGUGGACCACAGCGACCACAGAGGGCAGCUCAGGUGGAUACCAGUGUCCCGAACCCACUCCUGGCAGGUAACCAUGAACCACAUCACCAUGGACAGAGUGAUUAUUGCUUGUUUCAACGGCUGCCAGGCCAUUCUGGAUACUGGGAUGUCGUUGCUGGUUGGCCCAACUAGACUGGUCACCACCAUCCAGAAGCUCAUCAACAGCACACGUUUUGGCCGAGAGUACAAGGUUCCAUGUAGCUCCAUCACUCAACUGCCUACCUUCACCCUCAACAUCAACGGCACUGAUUACCCAGUGCCCGCUCAAGCCUACAUCUGGAAGAGUCCUCACGGCCGCUGUGUCAUUGGCUUUCAAGGGGGCACAGAGCACUUGAAGCAGCCAGAGACCUGGAUCCUGGGUAACAUCUUCCUGAGGCUGUAUUACUCAGUUUACGAUCGGGGAAACAGCAGGAUUGGCCUGGCUCCCGCAGUGUAA